GAGAGAGAGAGAGGAGGAGGAACUACUGGAGGAAAAAAGUUAAAGUAAAAAUGGCUUCCUUGUCUUUGGAGUCUACAGAACAAUCUGAGAACAGCCCAGAGGAGCCAACGGCAACGGAGUCCAAAGAAGAGAACGAAACGGUGCAAAUUUCGGAACACCUACUCCAAAGUUUCCAAAAGUCGGCUCUGAGUUUUUCCACUGACCAAGUAGCAUGUCUCUGCGAGGCCCUUCUGCAGGCGGGCAAUGUGGAUCGCCUGUGGAGGUUUCUAUCCACCAUACCUCCUUCGUCCGAUCUGCUACGUGGCAACGAGACCCUGCUGAAGGCCCAGGCACUGGUGGCUUUCCACAGGGAGGAGUUCAAGGAGCUGUACGCCAUCCUGGAGAGCUACGAGUUCCACCCGUCUAACCAUGGGUUCCUGCAGGACCUGUACCUGAAAGCCCGCUACAAGGAGGCGGAGAGGUCCCGGGGCCGCAGCCUGGGCGCAGUGGACAAGUACCGGCUCAGGAAGAAGUUCCCCCUGCCCAAAACUAUCUGGGACGGAGAGGAGACCGUGUACUGUUUCAAAGAAAAGUCCCGAAAUGCCCUGAAAGAGUGCUACAAGAGCAACAGGUACCCCACUCCGGACGAGAAGAAAAACCUUGCCAAAGUAACCGGACUGUCCCUCACACAGGUCAGCAACUGGUUCAAGAACCGCAGGCAGAGGGACAGGACCCCGUCCGGGACCCACAGCAAAAGUGAGUCUGAUGGAAACCACAGCACUGAGGACGAGGCGAGUCCCAUGGACGACACCCCUGACAAACCAGAAGAGGCUGCUGGCUCCACAGCGUCCAUCAUCUCUCUCUCUGCCGUCCCCAGCAGUACGGGAGGCCAGCUCAUCCUCAACGGGUCCGGUGGCUUCCUCACAGCCUCUCAGCCAUUACUACUCAAUGGAAAUUCCCUGAUCUCCAGUACGGGUGCUGGUGUCAUAAUUAAUGGGCUAAGCUUGGGCGAUUGCCAGGCGGUCACACUGAGUCCUGUUGCAACCAACUCUCCUUUGAUACUGAACGGGGCUCAGGUAAUAACCAAACCUGGCAUCAGUGUGCAGCAGCAAGCAGUUUCUAUGGCACAGCAGGAGGGUUUGACCCUUGAGACCAAGCCGAGCAGUCUUCCAGAAGUUUUUAGUACUAACACCACUCCCGUCUCGUACCCUCCAUCCAUCAUAUCUCUUCCUCUACAAACUAAAACAGAAAGCGUCAAUGCAAUGGAUUUCAUCAGUGUCCCUGAAUCAGAGGGCAGCGUCCAGACAGUAUCUUCCUCUUCUUCAUCUUUAUCUCCCUCCUCACCAACUCUGUCUUUCCCAACCAGGCUCCCCUCAGUAGUCCUAACACAAAACACCCAACGCCACGAGUCUCUCACCCUCCCCACCUCUAUGUCUUCAGCGGGCAUGGUAUUCUCCAGUUCUGCUGUGCCUCUCUCCAGUCAGCAAGGGGAGUAUGUUUUCUUAGCCUCUGCUAGCUCCCACUUAAACCCUUCUAGCUCUGUGGUUUCCUCCAGCAGCUCCACCCCUCAGGUCUUUUCUCUGCCACAGGUUGUGCCUUCCAUCCAGGGUAUACCAGUAUCCCAGCUGGUCCAGCACUCUUCAGGGGCCCAAGUUUCCCAAUGCCCCCAGUUGGUCCCAGUAUCACCCCUCACCUCGCCAUCUCCCCAGUUCCAAAACCAGACAGUGAACACAAGCAACAAACUGGUGCAACAGCAGCAGGAUGCGUUAACAACUUUGCCUGAAGGGGCCACAACCAUAGUUUCUAUCUCACAGCUUAACAACAAUCAGGUCCCACAGCGAACGGUACACCAGCUGGGCACAAACUCCACACCCAGCAAAAUCCAAGUCCCACAGGGGAUUUCCAUCUCUUCCCCGACACAAGUAGUCCCAGUCCCCCAUGCCAAAGGCACCACAGCAGCACAGUUAGUCCCCCUCUCCAUGCCUCAGCUGGUCCCAGUCUCGCCCAUCCAAACUUCUUCCACCAUCUCUUAUCCCCAAGUGGUACCUGCCAGUCCUCUCGCCAUCCCCUCUGCUGGAGUUCCCUUCCAGAUCCUGACUCCAGCUCCUGCAGGGGUCGCACAGGGUCCUCUCAGGAUAAACCAGCUGAGGCCCAUUCAGAGUGUGGGUCCCCCGACCAGUGUGGCCCCUGGUGUGCAGCUCCUCAACUCUGGGAUCAUUCAGCUGCCCUCUGCUCCUCCAGGUAACCUUCUCCUCGGGGGAAGCCCCUACCUGAGUGUCCAGCAGGGCAAGCUGAUUCUGACCAUCCCAGCAGGCAUCCAGCUAGCCAGGUUGCCGCUGAAACCAGUCCCCGAGGCUUCACCCAUUUCUCUAAAUGGAUUGAGUCCUGUUCUCACCCCUCCGGUCAUCUCAACCACCUCAGGCCUGACCCCCAGUGGCCUCACAUCAUCUUCCCUAAACUUCAUCAACUCCUCUCCACCAUACUGUGCUCCAGAGACUGGGACACCGGCCGCCCCCUCCCCUCAUGCCAUCAUGGACCAUCCAGUCACCCCUAACACUUUGACUCCAGAAAGUAUGCUUACCCUCAGUCCUAUGUACAGUGGGGCGACACCCAACAUCCAGCUGUCCCAACCAGCCUGGAGCCCUGUGCCCCUCUCCACUUCCGCUAGUCUAACUCUGUUUGAUGUACGCGGCAAGGGGGACCUGCCCGUAGACCCGGCUUUGUUAGGCCUACCUGGAGGAGAGUCGCUGCUUCUGGGAAGCCCUUCGCCAGAGCAGGAUGUGGAAGCCAACUCGGCACUGGGGAAUCCAGAGGAUAUGGACGGGGACUCCAAGAUUCUUACUCAGCUCCAGUCUGUCCCUGUGGAUGAUGACCUGGGCUUGUAGCUUGUUUACCUUGCUGGUCGGCAACCCAGGGUCACUAAAAAAGAUUAAAUAAACAGUAGGUGGCAGUCUCUGCUGUCGGAAAGAUUGUACUCCACAUUGUUAAUCCUCUAAGAGCCAAAUGUUUUUUUUUUUCAACAGUCUGUUCAGGUUAAGACUUGCACAACAAUGGUGCUCUCUCAGUAGGGCCUCAUACCAUCAUGUUUUUAGUUGGCACUUUUGACAUAUAUCCUCCGCAGCUCUGUUUUACAUGGAGGGCCAGAGCAAUAUGGGAUAAGCGUCUCAAAAGUUUUUUCCUCAAAUCCGUAUUUGCCUUUAUCUGUUGUAUCAGAUGCAUACAGAAGAACUUAACUCUGCUUAGUCCAGUUACAGGUCCGGGUGUUUAAAAAGAAAAGACUAUAUAAUGCAAGGCGUUAUGGCUUUGUCUCUUCUCUCAGCUCUUUGCAGUGGACUAGACACCAAGUUCAGCUGUACUUGGAAAAGAAGUCUGGUUUUUUUUUCUGGCCGUAGGAGCAGUUUGUUGCGGAUCCACCGCAGUAACUAUCCAAAAGACUAUCUGGCAAAGGCAUACAUCUAGAAAUAGUUGAGGUUUAUGUGUCUGCCCAGAACUCAGAGAUUGAGGAUGUAUUCUACAAACACUCCACUCCAGGAACCCAGUUAAGUUUGAUGUGAAACCAUUAUUGCAUCAUAGCUUCGGGCUUUACAGCAAUAUUUUAUUUCUUUUAAGUUACUGAAGUCUGGGCUGAAACAUGCUGCCAAACUGUGUUCAUCAGUCUGUUUUAAAAGACUUUCUGCACUUUUUAAGUGUGAAUGAUGCCCUUCAUUAGUAAUAGUUAUAACACAGGAAAUAAAAGGGUCUAUAAUCUAUGCAAUGCAUGUUUAGUUCUUUAUAGGACUCUAUGUGGCACCGGGGCUGAGU